AUGUAUAACGGUCAAGAACGACUGGAUGAUCUGGUUUGGGACAAAAACGACGACGAGGCAGAGAAAGGGUUGAAAAGCAUGCGACUCAAGACAAAAUGUCGCCGCGUCGAAGAGCUGGCCAAAGAGAAGUUUGGUGGUGAAGCUACCUUGAUGUCUCCAAUCAUGGUCGGCGGCUUCAACGUCCUCUACAGAGUCCAUGUCGAUGGCCGUACCCCUGAUGUCGUUGUUCGGUUACCCCUGCCGGCGCUUGUCCAAUUCACAGAUGAGAAGACUGUCCAAGAGGCCGCUACGGCAAUCACGCUGGUGGAAGGCACGGCGGUACCAAUUCCCAGAGUACUAUCAUAUGGAUCAGAUUCGGUACUCGGGCCUUUUCUCAUCAUGGACUUCGUUGAUCAUAAGAGAAGCGUCUCAGCUAGGCUGAAUGCUCCGAGGAAGGACAAGUCGGCGCCUCACAUUCUGGACCCCAAAAUACCAGCCAAGACGUUGCAGAGUAUCUGGAAAAAGGUGGCUGAUGGUCAACUGCGGCUAUCAAAAUUGAAAUUUGAUCGCAUUGGAGCCUUGACCGAGCUGCCAGACGGCAAAAUUGGCGUGGGUGGCCGCCCACUAACACAUAAUAUGACGGACAUGAUUCGAUUGGCCAACAUUCCAAGAAUUACCCUACCCCCAGAAGGUACAACAUAUACAACGGCCGAUGACUGGUAUACCGCACUUGCGGAGAUGAACAUUGCCCAGUUAGCCUUUCAGCAUAACGAUGCGAUUUCAUCUGCGGAUGAUUGCCGCAACAAGUACGUGGCACGUCAAAUUUUCCGAAGGCUUGCUAGAAAAGGCCAGCUUGCUUCUUUUGGGUUUAAAGAAGAUACAUGGUCAGCGCAAGCAACCUCGCUCCAAAGCAAACCGCCCAUCUGUCCCACGCCCUCUGGGACUGACUCGUUCCGGUUGUGGGGUGACGAUUUCCGAGCCGGAAACAUACUAUUGACGGAAACUGAUGAAAUUGCCGCCUUCAUCGACUGGGAAUAUGCCUACGUGGCGCCCACCCAGUUUAUCCUCGACCCCCCGUGGUUGCUCCUCCUAGAGACUGCCGAGAUGUGGCACGCCGGCAUCGACGAAUGGGUAAAAAUAUACGGAUACCGCAUCGAGACCUGGCUUGCUGCUGUGAAGGAGGCUGAAGCGGCUUUGGGAGAGUACGAUGCGCUGCCUUUACCGCUCUCGACGUAUAUGCGCGAGAGCUGGGAGACGGGGCGCUUCUUCCUCAGUUACGCGGCGCGGAAAAGCUGGGCUUUUGACGCCAUGUACUGGAAAUACCUCGACGAAAAGUUCUUUGGGCCGAGAGAGCAUGGCACGGUAAAGGAGGACUUGUGGAAGACGAGGAUCCAUCUGUUGACCGAGGCGGAGCGGGAGGCCAUGGAGCCGUUCGUGGAGCGCAAGAUGGCAGAGAAGGAAGACCGACGGAUUGUUGACCGGGAUCCGGUGGAGGCGAGAGAGUACCUUGACAAAUUAUUCUUUGAUUGA